AUGGCAGCGACGACCGACGCCGACUUGGCCGUCGCAGCCGCCAAGAUCAAGCUCGCCGAGCUCUACGAGGUCCACGACCACUUCUUCUGCGCUGACAAGGCCGAGAAACAGAGCAAGCUCCGAGCCCUCGCCGACGACGUCGUCGCACUCGUCGAUACCAUUCCGCUGCAGGAGCACCGGCAGCUCCGCGCAACAGUGUUCUACGUCAAGGGCAAGGCGCUCGAUGCGUUUCCGUCCUACGACGCGACGGCCGAGCAGCUGCUUUCGCAGGCCGCCAAGCUCGAUCCGUGCAACCUUGACGCGUGGGUGGCGCUCGGCAACUGCUUUUGGAAGAAAGGCGACUUGGUCUUGGCGAAACACUGCUUUGAGAACUGCCUCGAGUACGGCUCGAGCAAGCACGCGCUGCGCAGUCUCUCCAUGGUGCUGCGUAAGCUCGGGACCAAGCCCGAAGACAAGGCCGACCACGUUCGGGCCAGCCUCCAGCACGCCAAGCAGGCCGUGGGCUUGGACUUGACCGACGGCGAGUCGUGGUACGUGCUCGGGAAUGCGUACCUUGCGCUUUUCUUUGGCGACUCGCACAGCACGGUCGACCUCGACCGAUCGCUGGCCGCAUACACCCGCGCUGAAAAGGCCGGCGCGGGGCAGAACCCCGAUUUGCACUUCAACCGCGCCAAUGUCCAUCGGUACAAGGAAGACUACGCCGAAGCGGUCGCAAGCUAUCUGCGGGCGCACGAGUUGGACCCGUCGCUUCGCGCGAUCGACCUCGUCGACGCCAUCGUCCAGUACACCAAGCACGUGUCCGGUCUCGUGCUGCGCAAGGCUCGUCUGUCGCCCAAGAAGCUUAGUCAGCUUGCUGGUAACGUGCCGCCGCCAGUCGACAUUCAAGGUCGUACGCCCUGCCCGAUCGCAUCUCUCCAGCUGGGUCUGAACGAAGGUGUUGUCAUCGCGCUCAAGCUGCUAGCCGACGUCCCCCGCAACCACGAGCCGCCUGGAUGCUUCAUCAUGAUGGACGGCGCCGAGACAUCCUGCGCCGUGUCCGUCUACCAUCUCGAUAGCGAAGCCAGCGUCAAGAUCACAGACGACGACACCGUCUACGUGCUGGACCCGUGUCUCAAGGUCAUGUCGCUAACUUACAACGGCACGGUACAGACCCUUCUUCCUCGACGAAAACAAAAAGCUACAGCUGCGUCCACGUCGCCGAGCCACACCUCUUUCUGA